GCCGGUAUUAAGUCAUCGAAGUAUCGAUAUUCCGAUGCUACGAUGCCCCAUCGAUGGCUCGAUGCUUUUUCGAUGUUUUUCCACCGACCGACGAAAUUAUGCCAGCCGUUUCAAAAGCCAGAACUUUGAAAAGUCGAAGCUGAAUUUUCCCCGAUUUUUCCCGAUUUUCCGUUUCCCGCGAAUCUGAAAGCCGCGCUGCCGGCGUCGCUGCCUUUGCCGCCGUCGACGUCGUCGAUCCCGUUUCACGCGUCGCCGCUUCGUCUCGCCGUCUCGCUUGUUUCCCGCCCCCUCUCUCUCUGCCCCUCGCCCGCCCCCGCCACCCCCUCCUACCAAAAGGCCCCUUAAAACAACAGAAAAAAGAUACGAAAUACAACAACACAGAGAGAGAGAGCAAGUGAGAUAGACAGAGAGAAAGCCAAGCCAAGAAACGUCAUCAAGCAACAACAACAACAACAGGCAGCAGCAACCACAACAACUGCAACUGCAACAAAACGGCAAACUCAUCAGCGGCAGCAACAAUAACAAAACGCAUUUCAUUGCCAAGAAAAAAGAAAACGGUCAACGACAUUGCAACAACAAGAAGAGCGAGAAUAGCGACAACAUUGGCCAGCAACAACAACAACAAAUCAGCAAUACAGAGAGACUGCAACAUCAACAACAACCACAACAACAACUGAAACAACAAAUAGGAAAAUAGGAACAUAGGAAAAUGCCCAAAUGCGAUGUGAAAACGCGCUACAUUCCUGCGACUUUCGCCUGGAUUGUGCUGCUUCUGACCACAUUUCUCUUCUUCUUCUAUCCCUGCCAGUACUACGUGAAGAGCCAUCCAUGGGUGCUGGCGUACCAGGGCGUAAUCACAUUCUUCGUGCUGGCCAACUUUACGCUGGCCACGUUCAUGGACCCGGGCAUCAUCCCCAAAGCCUCUCCCGACGAAGACUGCGAGGAGGAGUUGCGCGCCCCGCUCUACAAGAAUGCGGAGAUCAACGGCAUCACCGUCAAGAUGAAGUGGUGCGUCACCUGUAAGUUCUACCGCCCGCCGCGCUGUUCCCACUGCUCCGUCUGCAAUCACUGCAUAGAGACCUUCGAUCAUCACUGUCCGUGGGUGAACAACUGCAUCGGCAGGCGGAACUACAGAUUCUUUUUCUUCUUCCUCGUAUCGCUGUCCAUUCACAUGCUGAGCAUCUUCUCGCUGUGCCUGGUCUAUGUGCUGAAGAUCAUGCCCAACAUCAAGGACACGGCGCCCAUCGUAGCCAUUUUCCUGAUGGGCCUGGUGACCAUUCUGGCCAUCCCCAUCUUCGGACUGACCGGCUUCCACAUGGUUCUGGUGUCGCGGGGUCGGACAACCAACGAGCAGGUGACCGGAAAGUUCAAGGGCGGCUACAAUCCGUUCUCGCGCGGCUGCUGGCACAACUGCUGCUACACACAGUUUGGUCCUCAGUAUCCCAGCCUGCUGAACCCGAAGAAGUACGCCUCGCGGCGAUCUCAGGUGCAGAACCAGGCGAUCAGCACCAUUUGCAACGACCGGAGCGGCCAGCAGACGGGCGCCGGGGGCGGGGCCGGCGGCAAUGGUACCGCCGCGGUGUCCGGCGGAGGCGGUGGAGCGGGCGGCGGGGGCGGUAUGCGCGGCACUGCGGUGCAGUACUCACCACGCUCCUUCUACGACGCGAGUCGCGAGAAGCGGGGAAUUCAGGUAAAGACUUAUAUGGCCGAGGGCAAUGGUUAUAAUCAACGGUCGGGCAGCACAACGCUUUACAGUAAGCUUUCGCCCGGACGAGAGUGCUCCGACACCGACCUGGAGCCGCCGCCCGCCUCCCAGAGCCAGGACUGCGAACCGACGCCUCCGCUGCAGCGGCACAACUCCAGCAGCUUCUAUCUGCCGCAGGUGAGCGACGCCGGCGGUCUGAACGGCAGCGUUUCCACGGGCGGCGGAGGAGGAGGCGGCGGCGGGGACUCGCCGCGCCACAUGCGUCUCUACCAUCCGCGUCACAGUCCGCACGCGAGACCCAGGGGUCUGGAUCCGCAGCGGGGCUACACUAGCGACGCCCUGUCGCCGGACCAUCCCGUUGGCUAUGGCGUCGGCGUGAAUGGACCGCAGCAGCAACAACAGCAGGCGCUGGCGGCGGCAGCGGCGGCGGCGGCGGUGGCAGCACAAAAUCAACGCAGCGCGACGACCACGGCCACGCCCACAAUGCAGCAGCGGAUCAAGCCGCUGGGCGUGGCCACGCCCCUCGUGAUGGCGAGUCCAGUGCGAAGAUCUAACCCGGGCACGCCCACCCAACCGCGACGCCCCGAUUUCAUCGGACUAAACGCACAGGCAGUGGCGCAGCAGCAGCAGCAGCAACAGCAGGCUGCUGCGGCGGCAGCAGCAGCGGCCUAUUACGAGUACACCACCGGCCUGCCGCCGCAACACCCGCAGGCGCCCAGCAUCCAGCAGCAGCAGCAACAACUGCUCCUGCAGCAGCAGCGUGUCCUCAUGCAGCACCAGCAGCAGCAGCAAGCUCUGCAGCAGCAGCAACAGGCGGCGGUACAUGCGGCACAUCCGCAACACGCCGCUCUGGCGCAGGCAGCGUACGGGGGCAGUCCACAGAGGCGCUUCCUCUCCGAGGGCGAACUGGUGCGCCAGGGCGCCGGAGGUGGCGUUGCCGGCGGAGAGUUGUCCUACGCGAGGUCCAACAAUACGGUGGAUAACAUACGGGAGCUGGCCGGCAGUCCGCAGCGUGGCGUUUACAUGUGGAAGGAUACGUCGCCGGGAUUCACUAGCAACGCCGGACAGCAGCAGCAGCAGCAGGCACAACAGGUGGUCAGCAGCGGGAUUGGCAGCAGUGCGGGCACGCUGUCCAGCAGCGGUGCCGCCGCCGGAGUGAUGCCGCAUGCCCAGUACAUAACGGCGGGCGGAGGAGCCCAUCCGCUGAUAAUGACGCACUCUCGACUCCAGGACUACACCAUCCAGCAGCAACAGCAACAACAGGCGGCGGCGGCUGCGGCAGCAGCAGCAGCAGCUGCAGCCUCAUAUCAUCGCUCCAAUCCGACGAGUCCCACCACCAUGCCACAGGUGUCCGGCGCUGGCCAGAGCUAUAUACUGCGCUACGGAGGCGGAGGAGCGGCUGGCGCAGCCGGCAGCAGUGGCAGCUUGGCCAGCGUGACGGCCAGUAAUCCCGCCACUGGGGGCGGUGGCUAUCAGCCGGCAUUGCGCGGCGGAGUGGCCGUAUUCCCGCCCAAUCCGCUGGGAAAUCAGGGAGGCGGCAAUCUGCAGACGCAGCCCUCGCCACAAAUCAAGCGGAAGCAGACGCCCACGCGGCCCAUGAGCUUUGUGCGAGCGCUGGAGAUGGCCGACUCCAUGGAGAUGCAGUCACUGGAACAGCAGCAAAACGGCGGAAUUCCCGGCAGCGGGGCGGUGGGAAACAAUCAGCAGGCGGGCGGCGGUGGCGCUGCUGGUCACCUAAUGCAGAACAACGCCUCCAAUUCGGGCACUCCGGAUAGAGCCAGCAUCUACGACAUGAACUACGAGAUCUCCGUAUAACCCGUGGUGGUGCCCGUGCUCCUGAUGCCACCCGCCAGCCAAGCUCCGGGGACAGCAGUCGCUGCUCCAGCUGCUGCAGUUGCUCCAGUUGCCAUCGCCGGUCCACAGCCACAGGGGCACUUUUACAAUGCCCAACUGGAGCCGGCUGCCUAUGCCUGUGUUCCUGUCUUGCCCCUGAAACCGAUAAGCAAUGGAGUAGGAGCCAAUAGUCAUCAGCACCACCAUCAUUAUCACCAGCAGCAGCAGCAGCAGCAGCAGCAGCAGCUGCAGCAGCAGCAGCAGUAUCAGCAGCCGCAGCAUCACCAACAUCCGCACCAGAACAUCCACAACCACAACCAGAUUCAGAACCAGAACCAGAACAAACGCAAAUUUUCAACCUUCUUUUAGGAAAGGCAACUAGCCCGUGUCUUUUUUACCGAAUGAUUUGAACGUUGAGCAUGUAAGGGUGUAUCUAUCUAACCAGAGCUAUUUACACCAGAUGUGUGUGUAUAUAAGUUGCGCUGCAGUUGUAGCAGCUAAGCUAAAUUUUAAGUAAUUUUAUUAUGUAAUUUUUACGCUUUGUUAUUAUGAUUUUAAUUUUUGAAUGCACUUUGGAAAACGUUUUACACGAUCGGAUAUCGAAAGAAAUUAUUUAUGCGUUAAAUGCUUUCUAUAUAUGAUCGAUAACGAGAAAAUAGAGUGGAGAUAGAGUUGAGAAUAUGAGAUAAAUUAAAAACGAGCAUGUGGAUACAGA